AUGUCGGAACCUACAGAAACGCCCUCGCAGACAGUCACGGCAGUCGAAUUUCUGGCCGAUAUUGCUGGCACUAUCCAAAUCAUUGCGACCAACCUGCGCGAAAACCGGGUUAACAGAAAGGGCCUUCAGAAAUGUCUCAGUGAUUAUGCAGCUCGUGCCGAAUCCGACGGUCGACUGAUCAAUGCCUCCAGACAGGAUGCAAACUGUGCCAACCGAGGUUUAUUCUUGGCUUAUACUCACAUGGAACUCUUGUCUUGGUUGGCAACUAAUAACUACACCAUUCCCGCGACAUCGGUCAAAUGGUAUAGCUGGAAAAAGCUAUCCUCGAAGUAUCGCUUGCCCCUUUUCUCGAUUUCAGAGCAGACCGUAGAGCUACGGGGUCUUUUGAAGAACACUGAGAGAGUUGCGGAGCAGGUCUAUGCUGACCUGGCUGAACACAAUGUCAUGAUCCCGCCAACAUCUAUCCAAUACCCCAAGGUGCCCGUGGGAGAAAAAGUUGGCCCACCUCCAGAGACCAUCCAAGAUCUAUUCGACAGGGGCUCUCGUGCUCGCGAGCGUAUCAUGCGCGGCCGAUCUGAAUGA